UGAGUCAAUCCGAACGUUAUUUGUGACACAUUCAGGAAUCUGAAGGAUUGGAAGUCGUCCAGUUAAAGAACACUAACGAUGUGCCGCAUUAUUGACGAUACUUACGAGCGGUUGUGUACUUGGUUUGAACGGAAAGGGAUAGCUCCCUUCCCAGUGUUUAGUAUCAAGAGGGAUGCUUCUAACGACGCUCCCUUCCCUGGGAAAGAGAUCGCGCUCUUCGAAGAUAAGAGCUUGCUUUUGGUUCCAAGUGUGCUCAAGCCAGCGAUGUCGUGUAUCGAUUCUGUCCCCACCCAGAGCAAUGGGUCGUUGGGUCUUGCGACGAACACACCCAGGAACCCAGCUGCCACUCGGCGCACAGGUACUGGUGUAUUUUCGGAUUCUUAAGUGGGACUACGUGCAGAGUCAUAGAUCUUCUGACGAUGCCCAACCUGACACCUUGGUAAGCCGGAACGACUCGAGUACUUCCUCGGUUGAGCAUUUUACUAUCAUUGGCGAAUGCUUCUUCCGCGGUCCUCUGGUGAGUUUAUCCGCAUGGUUCAUAACCCUCAAUUUAAAUGGGCAAGAAAAUUUGUAGUUCUUCACUAAUUCGAAACAAUUCAUAUAUGUCAAUCUGCCACGCGAGCCAAGUCUGAUCUCAUUAUCACCACGGAGCGCUGAUGACAGAAAAUAUGCAUCAAAUAUCCUUGUAAAACAUUCCAUUGCCU